AUGGCUUGCUCUAAAAACUUUGACAACAAAGAAGUUUUAGUCUUUUUAGAUGCUGCGCAUAUGGUUAAAUUGGUGAGGAAUGCUUUUUGUGAACGUAAACAAUUAAUGGAUAAGAAUAGAAUGAUAAUUGAUUUUGACUACAUUAAAAAGUUAUUCAUUCUGCAGGAACAGGAAGGUUGCCACUUAGCCAAUAAACACCGAAAACAACAUAUAUUUUUUUUCAAACAGAAAAUGAAAGUUAAGCUUGCCACCCAGCUUCUUGGCCAAUCUGUGGCUGAUGCACUAAAAUUCUAUAAACUUAAGUCGAUUAAGCUUUACAAGUUAAGUCAAGAUCACCUUGAACUAUUUUUUGGAAAUAUCAGAGCACAAAAUGGAUACAACAACAACCCAACUGCCAGACAAUUUCGUUCUGCAUAUAGAAAACUUGUCAUAAAUGUAAAUAAUGUACAGCUGACCAACAGUAGAAAUUGCAUACCCUUAGAGAGUAUUGAUAUUCUUCACUAUUCUAGUAGUGACCCCAUUAAAGGUAUUAAUGAAAGUACAACAAAUAUUAAUUCUAAUCCUACAUAUUUGGAAGAUAAUUUAAAAGCAGCUGAAAGUUUCAUUAAUGAUCAUGAAUAUAUAGUCACUCAGAAUACUUUUGAGUUUAGUAAUUUUACUAAAGAAAUAAUUAUAUAUAUUUCAAAAUUUGUGGUACAUAAAUUAGCUUCAACUCUUCAAUGUGAAACUUGUGUAAAAUCAUUAUAUGCUAUUAACAAAGAUCAAUUUUUGAAUUCUUUAAUUUUUUUUAAAAAUCGAGGAGGUUUUAAAGGAGGUCUUGUUUACCCGAGUGACGACGUUAUUAUAGUAUGUUUACAAACUGAAAAAACCCUUAAGUAUUUCAAUUACCAAACUAAAGCAAUAAAUAAAUUAAAAAUACAAUCUCAACAAAGAAAUUAA